AUGGAUGAAGUUUGUUCCACUCAACCUACUGACUUUAUAAAUAAUGAUGUAAUCAGUAAACCAAUGGAUAAGGUUCCUGUUUUAAGUGUUUAUGCAUCUGAAAAGAAAAUUAUGGAAUAUCCACUUGUGAAAAAGUAUGUAACUAUUGGGCGAGAUUCGAAGUGUGAUAUAUGCAUUAAAUCUUCAUUACUUUCAAGAGAACAUGCAAUAUUUGAAUUAGAUGAAAAUUAUAUUUGUACUAUAACAGAUCUUGGUUCACUAAAUGGUACAAAACGUAAUGAUUUACAUUUAAAACCUAAAAUAAAUUAUGAAUUAAGAGAUGGUGAUUGUUUGUAUUUUGGUGGGAUUUAUUGCACUUUGAAUUUUUGUCUUUCUUCAUCUACAUCAUCGUUAUGUCUUCUUAAUCCAUUUCAUGAAGAUUCAAAGUCACUUGAACUAUCUUUACAGAAAACUAAUCCGGAUACAUCUUGUCAGCUUCAUUAUUCCCAGAAAGAAAAUCAAUUAUCUGUUCAGUCGAAUUUUUCAACCAAACAGAAUGAUAAUGAUGAUGAUAAUAAUAAUAACGAUGACAGUGAUUGUUCAGUUUUUAGUGAACGUCUUUUAGCUGAAAUUGUUGUAAAUACUGGUGAAGUUUCACAAGAUUUAUUGCCAAAUCCCAAUCGCUUCAUUGAUAGUUAUUCACCUUCUUUAUCAAGCAGUACAGAUUCAGAUGUUAAAAAAACUGAACUCUUAAAAAAUGAAAAUGAUAUUAAUCUGUUACAACAUGAAAUGCAUGAAAGUUCAUCAUCAGUUAAAAAUUGUAAACUUCAUAUGUAUACUGAAAAUGAUGUUCAUUUAGAAAGUGAAUCAUACCAAAAUUCAUCAACCACAGAAUCUGUCAGGAAAUCUAAAGGUUAUAUCAUUGAUGCUACUCCAUUGGAAUUGUUGACUAAAUCGAUUAAAAAUCAUCUUUCAUCUAGUGAUGUUGUUUCUGCUACUCCUAUGAUCCUAACAAACGAAACAGCUUCAACUCCUUUAACAUACAAUCGAGCAAACGUCCUACUUGCACGAGACUCUGAUCCAGGUUGUAUUGUUCAAUCAAUGGAUAAUCAUUUUGGAUUGACUAUGCGUUCGUCUACUUGUUUGUCUGCUGAAGAGUCAGUAUUUACUAUUGAGGAGAGUGAUCUAGUGACAAGCAAUGCAGCUAAAAGCAUAGAUGAAACCAGUGAACCUGAAAAAAACGAACUUAUUCUGAACGGGUCAGCUGUUGAUUUAAAUAAUAAUAAUAAUAAUAAUAAUAAUAAUAAUAAUAAUGGGUUCACUUCAAAUUCCGAUCGUCACUCUACAGUUCAACAUGUGAAUGAAUCAGAUAUAAGUAAUGAUUCCUUGCAAAUUGUAGUUGAUGACAAUUACGGUUCAAGAAAAUCACGAAUAUUCAGUGGUAUUUGUCCAGAAAAAGAAGAAAAUAUACAGGUGAAAUCAACUAACUUGUGUACAACAACAACUCCUACUACUACAAUUAUCAAUAAUAAGAACGAACAUUGUGGCUUGAUCACUGUUAACGAUCAUGAUAUUGUUUGUAAUAAUAUUACAGUAACAUUACAGCCCUUAGAAAAUCUUCAAAUUUUUCAUUAUGGCAUACAAAAUCAAGAUGAUCAAUUUCGUAAUAACAGUAGUAUAUCUAAUAAAGAUCAAAAUAUUCACAAUGAUUCACCUUUUAAAACUAAUGAACAUAAUUUUUCAGAGAAGAAGGCUGAUAUUGUUUUAUCUCAAGAAUGGGGAUCGGAUAUAAUUCAUACUGAGAUUUUGUCUGAAAAAGUUCAAUAUAACAAUCUUAUUAAUAAUAAUAUUAGGAAGAAAAAUACUAAAUCCAGUUGUUUUACUUCAUCAAAACGUAAUAUACGGGGUACAGAUUAUAAAACAAAUACUAUCACAAAACAAAAACGGUGUAAUUCAAAGCCUAAAAAUCAGCUAAGUAUGGAGCAAUCUGUUGAAAGUCCUUUACACACUGAACAACAACGAUUAGCUGUCUCAGAACUGGCAAAAACUGAUAUACCCCAGUCAAUACCUACAUCUAAGUAUGAUGUUACUAGUGAGCGAUCUCAAUUAACACCUGAUGAUAAUGAUUGUAAACUUCGUCGUUACAUUGAACAAUGUUCAUUAUUUCGUUCCACUAGAUCAAUCCGAAAUCGACCUUCUGAACGUGUUACCAAUUGUACUUUACCAGGUUCUUUAGGUACUGUAAAGUUUCGUAGUCGAAAAAAUAAACAAAAAUUCACAUCAGUUAUUUCAUCAAUUCAUUUAGAUAGUCCUAAUUCAGAUUCGGAACUACAAGAUUGGAAGUGUUCAUGGUCUCUUAUACAUCAUGAUAAUGAUGUCAAUUGUAAUACUAAAAAAGUUACUAAUCAAUCAAGUUAUAAUCGACCUCGUGCACCACAUAUUCCUAGUCCAUUACAUUUAUCAGGAAGUAUUUUAAGCGAAGAACCUUCUCAAUUAUUUGAUGAAAAAUUAGAACAAAUGAAAAAUGAAUCAAAUAUUUCUCCAUCGAAAACAAAUAAUUCAUCAAUCAAAACUAUCAACAAUAAUAUCCAUAAAAAUAAAUCAUGUAUUUUAGAAUCUGCUGUCAAAUUAGCUGGUUUUGAUGAAUCACCAGAGAAUGAUCCUUUAGUGAAGAAUACAUUAAAUAAUGGCGAACGCCUAUCUCUACCAUCAUUUUCUGAUCUUACACCUAAUUCAUUUAAUGCUAAAAUUUGUAUUGAAGCAAAAAGCAGUAAUGAACAACAACAGUUUAGUCCAUUAUUUCCUACUUCUACUUUACCAAUAACAUCGUUGUCUGAUGAAUAUACAUCAUCACCUGUUUUUAUGAAACCUAAAAGAAACCUGAGAAAUUCAUGUACAACAAGAAAAAGAGCAUUCACAUCGCUUACUACUAGUUCAGCUACCAAUAAUAGUGCUAAUAAUGAUAGUAAGGAUUGUCUAGUACACAAAAAUUCUAAUAAUAAUAAUAAUAAUAAGGUAGGUAGAACUAGGAAAACAUUAUCAUCUAUACCCAAAGAAAAUAAUCUAUCAUUGCCUACAGAUAAAACAAUUAAACAGAAUUCGAGGAAGUCAAAAUUUGAAGUGAAGAAUAACUCUCCUGAAAUGCCUAUUCGACGAUCUACACGACUUAUUGUACAGUCUGAUAAAAGUUGUAAUAAACCUCCCCUUGCUGUUGCUUCAACGUUGCAGCAUCAUAUACCACCUAUUGUGAGUAUUCCAGAAGAUAAGUGUAGUAGUAGUAGUAGAAGGACUAGGAGUAGCGUUUUAAUCAAUUUAAAACCAGAAAAUACCGCAAAAAACCAACGAAAAAUACGGAUGACAACAUCUACAAAUGAACCGAAAGAAGAAAUUCCUAAAAUAUCAAAUACUGAUUUCAAUAAUACUUCUUCAACAUCCACUGGAUCAUCAAGAACCAACACUACUAAUUCCAUUCAAUUAGUAUUCAGUGGUGUUGAAUCUUCAAGUUAUUCAAACAUUCUAAAAAAACUGAAUGCAUUUGAAACAGAAGAUCCUACACUUGCUGACUAUUUAAUUACUGAUCAAAUUAAACGUACCUUAAAAGUAUUAUAUGCUAGAGCACGGGGUAUACCAAUUAUUUCAGUGGAAUGGUUAAAAGCAUGUAAACAAUCUCGUAAAGGUUCAAAUCCAGAUCCACUUAAUUUUAAAUUACAUUAUUAUAAUACACAGUCUAUGCAUACUACAGUUUCAAGUGAACAGUCUACACGAUGUCAUUCCUCAUUUGUGAUGAAAUUAUCUACAAAUGAACAAAUAAACCAAUUUGAAGAAACAAAUGAAUUCUUAUGUGGUUGGUCUUUUUGUUCAACUCCAAAUGUUUUACCAUCUUCUAUGGAUUUACAAAAACUUACAGAGUUUGCUGGUGGUUAUUGGAUGUCUGAUGAAGAUUUAUGUAAUGCUAUGAAGAAUUUGAAUGAUAUACCUAUUAAAUCAGUUAUUAUCACAACUAAAGAAGAAUAUCAUUCUAUGUUAUUGUUGAAUUCAAAAUCAUCUUGUAAACAUUCCCGACUUUCAAGAAAUUCAAAAGAAUGCAAACAAACCACUCCAAUUUUACGCGCUUUAUCUUCAUUACUUACAGUAUCUACUGAUUGGUUCUUACAAACUAUUAUGAAUCGUAAACCUCCAAAUUGGCCUAUUGAUUCACAAUAUAAGAUACAAUGAAUCUAAUUCUCUCAAGUCAUAUACAUAUAUAUAGCUCUCAUGCUCCUAGAGGAAGCAGUCUCAUCAGACGGAAUAUUGUGUACAUGAUCAACCCUGUUCAAUGAUCAUACUCCCUGCUACUACUACUAUUACUACUACUACUAAUAAUAAUAAUAAUACUCAGAAUAAUAAUUGAUAUAUUCUUAAUUUUUCUCACCAUUUUAAUUUGCCUGACUGUCGAUUUUUUCCAAAAACAAAAUAAAUUAUUAAUUAUUGUCACAUUAAUCAUCUGAAUAAUUUGUCUACUUUUGCAAUGAAAUCAUGAAUUGAUCUAACUUAAACUACCAUUGUAAAGCUGGAAGUACUGGAAGGCCAUUUCGUCCUAAUAUUGAGACUCUUCAACGGUGUACAUCUAUAAUUUCACAUGUAGGAUUUUGAAUCCAAUGAUGGUUUAAGUUAGAUCGGUUUAUAAUUUCAAUGGAAGUUAACAAUCUUCACAACUUCAUAUUGAAAAUCGGUUACUUUUGUUUAUUGUAAUGUUUUUUUAUUUAUUAUUCUUAAAUACCAGUUUGAUCGUAUACUUUGUUGUUUAUGGAUUUAAAGAAUCAAUGAAUUGUUUUGUUUUAUUUUAUUUCAAUAAAGGUUCUUAGUUUAA